CUUUUUGGAUGUGGCUUCUACGCUUAUUCUCUGAAAGCGUUCCCAGCACACGUCCCUCUUUCCCGACUUCUCUCAAUUUCUCUUCUAUUCCCAAAACCUCAACGUCGAUCAGUUUUGCAUCAGUACAUAAUCUCUGAACAUAGUCGGUCUGUUGAGAGGAGACGAGGGAGAUGGCGGACAGGUUGACGCGUAUAGCUAUAGUGAGUUCGGACAGGUGCAAGCCAAAAAAGUGCCGUCAGGAGUGCAAGAAGAGCUGCCCAGUCGUCAAAACUGGGAAACUGUGUAUCGAGGUUACUCCUGCGUCUAAGAUUGCUUUUAUCUCAGAGGAGUUGUGCAUUGGAUGUGGUAUCUGUGUUAAGAAAUGUCCAUUUGAAGCAAUCCAGAUCAUCAACUUGCCGAAAGAUUUGGAUAAAGAUACAACUCAUAGAUAUGGCCCCAACACGUUUAAAUUGCACAGGUUGCCAGUCCCAAGGCCUGGGCAAGUUCUCGGGUUGGUUGGAACAAAUGGCAUUGGGAAGUCUACUGCUCUUAAAGUUUUGGCUGGAAAACUGAAACCAAAUUUGGGUCGUUUCAAUAACCCCCCAGAUUGGCAAGAAAUAUUGACAUAUUUCCGAGGUUCAGAGCUGCAGAAUUAUUUUACUCGUAUCCUGGAAGACAAUUUGAAGGCUAUUAUCAAGCCCCAGUAUGUUGAUCACAUUCCAAAAGCAGUUCAAGGCAAUGUGGGGCAGGUGCUUGACCAAAAAGAUGAGAGAGAUAUGAAGGCAGAACUUUGUGCUGAUCUUCAGUUGAACCAAGUGAUAGAUCGCAAUGUGGGGGAUUUGUCUGGUGGAGAACUCCAGAGGUUUGCCAUUGCUGUUGUGGCGAUACAGAAUGCAGAGAUAUAUAUGUUUGAUGAACCCUCUAGUUAUCUUGAUGUGAAACAAAGGCUAAAAGCUGCCCAAGUUGUCCGAUCUUUGCUGAGGCCUAAUAGCUAUGUAAUUGUUGUGGAGCAUGACCUUAGUGUCUUGGAUUACCUAUCAGAUUUCAUUUGCUGCCUGUAUGGGAAACCAGGUGCAUAUGGGGUUGUCACUCUUCCCUUCUCUGUUAGGGAAGGAAUCAACAUAUUCUUGGCUGGAUUUGUACCUACCGAAAAUUUGAGGUUCCGGGAUGAGUCUCUCACCUUCAAGGUUGCUGAGACACCUCAAGAGAGUGCCGAGGAGAUUGAGACAUAUGCACGAUAUAAAUAUCCAACCAUGGCUAAAACUCAGGGUAAUUUUAAGCUUCGCGUAAUUGAGGGUGAAUUUACUGAUUCUCAGAUUAUCGUAAUGCUGGGUGAGAAUGGAACAGGGAAGACAACGUUUAUUCGUAUGCUGGCUGGUUUAUUGAAGCCUGAUACUGUUGAAGGUACUGAUGUGGAGAUUCCUGAGUUUAAUGUAUCUUACAAGCCCCAGAAGAUUAGUCCAAAAUUCCAGUCGACUGUCCGACACUUGCUACAUCAAAAGAUUCGUGAUUCAUAUACUCAUCCUCAGUUUAUGUCAGAUGUUAUGAAGCCGCUGUUAAUUGAACAACUAAUGGAUCAGGAAGUCGUGAAUCUCUCUGGCGGAGAGUUGCAAAGAGUUGCGUUAUGUCUCUGCCUUGGAAAGCCUGCAGACAUUUAUUUGAUAGACGAACCAAGUGCAUAUCUUGAUUCUGAGCAGCGCAUUGUUGCUUCCAAAGUCAUAAAGAGGUUUAUUCUUCAUGCAAAGAAGACUGCAUUUGUGGUGGAGCAUGACUUUAUAAUGGCGACUUACCUGGCAGACAGAGUUAUUGUAUACGAGGGAAAGCCGUCUUUGGAUUGUAUUGCAAACUCUCCACAAUCAUUGUUGACUGGGAUGAAUCUAUUCCUAUCACAUCUGGAUAUCACAUUUAGACGGGAUCCAACAAAUUUCCGGCCACGAAUCAACAAGCUGGAAUCAACAAAGGACCGGGAGCAGAAAUCUGCUGGAUCUUAUUAUUACCUGGAUGAUUGAAAGUAGUGCUGACAGCAGAUGGUUUAUGCGUAACUUUUUAAGGCAUUGGCAUGAGCAAAACAAAGAGAGCUGGGGCGUGGGAUUUUUGCAGAAUUAUUCAUAAAUUGACUAAAGAUGGAUGUCAUGACUUGGUGAAAGGGUCAAUGUUCAUCCCUUUGCGUAGAGUUUCAGGGCCUCUAUGGCGCUGUCGCGUGAUUGUCUUUUGACGUGCUAUAUGUUCUCCAGUUUUGGUUAGACUCGCGCUGCUAGGCGAGUGUAUUUCAUAUGAUUUGCUGCAGCCACCUUUGUGUUUGAUCAUACAUCUUAAAAUAUGCUGAUGACAUGAAAAUAAUGUCGAACAAAAUGCGUUGGAUUUUUCAUAAUCAUUGGAAAAUUUUGAAGCAUUAUUCUGCUGACUUUCCAAGUA